AUGGCCGUCAUUCUCUGCACUUAUUGCUUCAGCUCUAUCCGCACAGCAAGGCGCGAGGCGCAGGAACAGUUGUCCACAGAGCCGGGUUCACAGCGAUUUUCACGACAAGAGAGGAAGGAUUCGUCACCUGCAUGGAUUCAACAGGCUCUUGAGGAGAGUCAGGCUGAUGCGGGCAAAGGGGGAAAGUAG